AUGGCACGCCGGUGUACAUCUACAGAAGCUGAAGAAUCUCUAAAAGAAUUUGAUGAUACUAUUUUAUACUUAUGUCUAUCUCCCACAUUUGAAACAAAUAUAUGUUCUGCUGGUAUGUUUCAAGGAAUUACAUCUGGUGAUCAGGCUGAAUUCAAUGCAAUAAUAAAUGAUUAUGAUGAAUUAAAAGAAAAAAGACCACAAGAAUAUGAACAGUUAAUUACAAACAAAACCGGUAUACCUGAAAUAUCAUACGAGAUUCGUGCUGAAAAAUGUGAUGGUGGUGGCUUAAGUUUAUAUCAUUCUGUUCUUCGUGGAUUUGAUGCUAUCGACAUUAUUAACGUUGGCGAGUUACGUUACAAGGUAGCUCAGUGUAUUCUUGUGUCACAACGUGUCAACUUCAAUUAUUACCUUACUGAAGAAAACUGUAAAGAUUUUAUUGAACAUUGCAAUAAAAUGAAAACUGACUCAAUGUUCAGUGAUCACAUGGUAUUUAUGGGCUUAACAGUGAUGUAUCCAAACUACUUAUUUUUUGUUAUUGUCAAAAGCAAAUGUGAUAAUGGCAAUGUCUCUAUAGAUGUGCUUAAUUAUACCAAAAAUAUUGUAUCAUAUAAGAAAUGCAUUUGUCUAUUAUACGACGGUACCACUGGCCAUUAUAGCCAUUUAAAUUUAUAUAAUAAAACAAAGAAAGAAGAAGAAAAGCACAAUUUUAAACAUGACAAUGAGAUGAUGCAAGGACUUCUUGUUGAAUUUAUUCGGCGAGAACUUAAAUAUGAAGGAUGUAUUGAUUUAAAAAAUGCAAAACUAAUUGAUCAGCCUGAUAUAAUAUCGAAUGUACAAGAUGAUUUCAAUGCAAACAAUUUUAUGAUGGAACAGGAAAAUAUCUCAGAUGACGGCCAGCCACUGCCAAUGAGUAAUCGUGCAAAAGUUUCUUCAUCGUCCAUGCCGAUAAUAAAUAAUGACGAACCAACACCAUUUGAUUCGAUCAAAACAAAACAAAAAAUUGUUCAGAUACAUGUUCCUGGAGAUGGUCACUGCUUAUUUUCAUCGCUUUCCAAAGUAUUAAAUAGUACGUGUAAAGUUACUUAUCAAGAUUUACGUAAACAAGCUGCCGAUUCUCAUCGCAAAUCGAAAACAAUCAACAAAGAAGGUCUGGCUUAUGAAUGCAAUAAAAGCUUUGAAGAAUAUUGUUGGGAUAUUGAAAAUACCAAAAGAUUUGGGGGCGAAUUAGAAAUUAACGCUAUAGCUGAACAUCAUGGGAUACUGAUUCGUGUGGUAGAUGUUUCUCCUGUACAACAUUGUAUACAUGUUACCGAAUUUCCUUCAAAUGGGGCAUCAUUUGAAAAGUGCUGUUAUAUUAUUCUAAAUCGUAGUCAUUAUGAACCACUGUGUCUACGUGUUGGAAAUAAUUCAGAUUACGAAACUGCUAUUUUUUCCCGCAAUGAUAAGAAAGUACAAGAACUUUUACAUGAAUUUAUUAGUGAAACAUUUCCAGACUAUACAUUUGAUCUACGCAAUAAUAUGGCAGAUAUCAAUGUGUUGGUACAGCAACCUGGUGAAAGAUCGUGCGACGAACUUAUUGAUCUGGAAAAUUUCAUCGCCAUGGAUGCUUCAACGAAUCCAUCGAAGAAACGAAAGUUAUCCGAAAUUGAAACAAAGUCAUUGCCAGCAUCAACUUCGGGGUCAUCAAAUCUAGUCAAUGAGCAAUCAUCGAAAUAUUACCGACCGCUGCCGCCCAGUGAUAAUAUUUAUACAUGUGAUAGCAACAGUGAUAUACCGAACGAUAUUCAUCAGCAUUAUAAAAUAAAUAGCUAUUCGACUGUACAUCCUAAACUGAAUAAAACACUGGAAAAACUAAAAAUACAAGACUACUUGGGUACAGGUGUAUCAACACCUGUCACACUUAAUUUUUAUAACAAGCACAGCGAGCAACAGAUAAAAUUUCAAAUUGAACCUACGAGAGAAUUUCGCGCUCGUUACCUAAGCGACUAUGUACCAAAUAAUGAAUAUAAACGUGAUGGUAUAACGAAAUCCGAACCAAGUUGCCCAAGUUAUUUCGCUGAUCGAAAUGAAAAUCACUUUUUAGACUUAUUGAUACCAAAAAUGAUUCUAUUCGACCAAAGUCCUCUUGAUCCCCGUAGUAUAAAAGUAGAAAUUUGCAUUGUCACACGCACUAUCAAUGGUUGCAUAUACAUUCAUCCGUAUUUUCAAUUUUACAAGCCUGAGAAAAAUGGAAAAUACUCUGUUGAUAAUCCAAUUUUUAUGCAAGGUGAAUUUAUUGAAGGCUGUGAAAGUUUGAUAGGCACAAAUGGAAUGCUUAGAAUGAGGCUUUAUCUGGUUGUCAUCAAUCUCUUAGAGAGUCAGCUAUUAAAAAAUCAAAUAACGACUUUUGAAUCAUUGCACUCAAAUGGACAAGCAGAUAAAACGCAUUUUAAAAAAUGCGAUGCAUUUAAACAGAAGUUUUAUUUAAACGAUCUGCGUUUUGCCGUAACAUUAUGGUUAAAAGAUUUAAAUACAAACGAAUACAAACGAUAUAUUGAUCUUCAAUAUAUUAGUGAUAUCUCAAUCAAAAUGAAAAAGAAAAACAAACGAUCAAAGAAUACUGACUGA